AUGACAACUAAUCCACAAGCAUUAUGCAUUGUUGCUAAAUGUGCACUAUGUUCAACAAAAACCGAAUUAUUUAUUUGUCCACAUUGUGAUGAAGUUAUAUGCCAAGUAUGUGUUAAUAAACAUCAAUCACAAUUAAACGAUACACUUAACGAACAUUGGCUAAAAUGUAAAACUAAAUAUCAUAAUUUAUGUCUAUUGUCAAAUACAUAUGAUAAAGAUUUUAUUGUUAUCGAAAAUGAAAUGUAUCGAAUCAGACAAAUAAUAGAACAACAAUACGUAGAUAUUAUUCAAUCGAUUGAAAGUGAAAAGAAUAGUUUAUUAAUAAAAUUAGAAGAUUAUAUUAAAUCAAUAACAUCCAAUGUUAAACAUACAGAUCUUCAACAAGUUUUCAAUUCGAUUAAUCAACGGCUUGACGGUGUUUUUCAAAAUAAAAAUCCAAAUGCAUCAUACAAUGCGGAUGAUUUUCUUCUAGAAAUAGAGCAUUUAAAUAUGCAGAUUUCGAAGCGAUUGCAACAUAUUCAAUCUAGUACAUUUAAAUAUCCUCAUUUGAGCUCUUCGAAGCCGGUGAUUAUAUCUGAUAUAUUUGGGGAAUUACAAUGGGAUUCUAAGCCAAUGUCAAACCGUAAUGUAUCUCGAUCAUCAUUUAUAACAUCAAGUGGACAGAGUUCUAUGAGUACAACAGAUGGUUUACAAGACGAGUCAUUAAGUACAUCAGAAGAAGAUUCAUUUCCAGCAGCACCUGUCGUUCGAAGACAAAAACAAUGGUCAAUUGAUGCAUCUGGUGUACCACAUUUUUUAUGUAUUCUUGCAAAAAAAAAUUAUCUUCUUUUUUCCUGUGAUAAAUAUGGCUGUAUUGAUCUUUAUCAACUGAAUGGAAAUGAUCCAAGUAAUUCACCUCGUCAUUUACGUCAAUUUGAUUUAUUUCCUGGUAAUAGCACCAGCCAAAAGCCACAUAUUAUCGAAGCUUUUACUGUUUAUACACCAUUCAUUGUGGUGUCAGCUCAUUUAAGUGAUCAAACAGAUACAAGCUCAGUUUAUUUUUUUGAUCACCGUGGUAAUCAACAAGCUGAUACUUGUUUACAAAAUUUUCCUGUUCGACAACUAUCAGCCGAUACAAGCUUCAUGUGUUUAUGGGGUGUUGAUCGUCAUCAACAUACAGUGUACUAUAAUCAAUUACCAAUGGGUGUUAGUCUAAUUCAACAAUCAAUUGAACAUCGAGAUGAUUUUAUAAAGUUUGGACGUGACUUUGAACCUAUUAGAAUAACACAAAAUCAAACAUCAAUUGCAGUUGUUGAACGUAAUUCUCAAAGUGUACACAUAUUCGAUAAGCAAACUAAAGAACAAGUCGAUGAAAUACAAAAUCUUUUACGUAGCGAAGGUUCAUUUCGCCUGUGGAAUGUUCUACUUCGUGACGAUAAUUCCAUGGUACUUAAAUUAGAUGAAGAUUUAGCACCAUAUAGUCGACCACAAACAAUUCAUCAUCUUAUUGUUGAACUUGAUUCUAAAGGUAUACCAAUAUCACAAAUAGAACGCACAGCUGUCUAUGGUCUUGCCAUUGGACCAAAUCAAGAAAUUUUACUUGGAUGUAAAAGAAAUCAACAAAAUGGUUCAAUUGAAUGUUACAUCUAG